GCCAUUUGUACAGUCAUGUGCUGUUGACAUAUUAGAUUUAUAGCUGGCAAUACUGUUAACAGUGGUGACAACAUUGAAAAACAAAAUUUUUUUACUCUGGCAAUACUGAACCCUGUUGUUUUUCUUUCCGUUCUGUAAACCGAAACGUCAAGAUGGCCGAGGUUGAUGAAACCCUUAAAAAGAAGCGUACCUUCAAAAAGUACACCUACCGUGGUGUCGAUUUGGACCAAUUGUUGGAUAUGCCCAACAACCAAUUGGUUGAAUUGAUGCACAGCCGUGCCCGCAGACGUUUCUCCCGUGGCUUGAAGCGCAAACCAAUGGCUUUGAUCAAGAAAUUGGCGUAAAGCCAAGAAGAGGCUCCCCCAAAUGAGAAACCCGAAAUCGUCAAGACUCAUUUGAGAAACAUGAUUGUUGUACCCGAAAUGACCGGCUCCAUCAUUGGUGUCUACAACGGCAAAGAUUUCGGUCAAGUUGAAAUCAAACCUGAAAUGAUUGGUCACUACUUGGGUGAAUUUGUAUUGACCUACAAACCCGUUAAGCACGGUCGUCCCGGUAUUGGUGCUACCCACAGCUCCAGAUUCAUUCCUUUGAAGUAGAUUUCAAUCUCUCUUCUAUGGGAUGUUCCAA